AUGGUUGGCUACACGGAUGGUGCACAAGAUAAGACGGUGAUCAACUCGAUAAUGCUAAGAUUCCGGCCGAUAGCUCCUAAACUGGUAUCCGUCGAGUCAGGUACCGAUGGGGCUCGAAUUGAUAACAAAAACUUGUUGCUUUAUAAGCCAAGAGCUAAACGAAAGUACGUUAGGGUUCGAAAGAAUAAUAUGAGGAGAAAGAAAAGAUCAUCAUCAGAUCCACUUCAUCACGAUGAAGCUUCUGAGAAUCCUGAAAAAAUUGUUACUUUGCAGUUAUUACCAGAGAAAUCUGAAGGGAACGGAUCGGUAAACAAUCAUAACGGAAGAGUUUUGGAGGAAAAUCAAGAUCCAGUUUAUUUAUAUAACUUGAACUUCAACGACCGUUGGUUUGAUCGCAUGGGAGUUGUAGAAGAACCCGAUCGCACGAUGUUGAUGAUUCAAAGGAGGAAGGAAACGGUGGUGGAGUCGUGGGUGACGGUGGAGAGCGUGACGGACAGUUGCAUGGAAGUGAGGGAGUUAGGGAGUACGGACGUGGAAAGGAUAAAGAAUCUGGAGACUGACACGUGUCCAGGUUUUAUAUCAGAUGGUUUGCAUAGGGUUCAGUGGGUUAACGGAGCUUACAAGAGCAUGUUGAUGGUAGGAACGGAAGCGAAUGACGCUCCACCACGGGAGAUAAUGGUGUGGCUGGUGUUGAAACAAGAAUUGCCUAUGUUUCGCACUGAAUUUUCAUGCAAGGUAAGGUUGCAGUAUACGUGGAAGAAGGAGAAGCUUUCGAGAAUGUUGCCAUGUGAUGUGUGGAAAAUGGAGGGUGGUUUCGCUUGGCGCUUGGACGUGGAGGCUGCGCUCAGUCUUGGCCGGUGA